AUGGCGCCUCUCACUGAAAAUGACGACUUCGAUACCGGCAAAGCUUCCGGUCAGCGGUCCGAUGUUGGAAAUCACGAAUCAUGUGGCAGAGGACGCAGGACUAGGUGCGUUACACAUUUUCUCCCUGAAGUUCCGACCAAAAAAGCAACACUACAUUAUUUAUUAUAG